GAGCAUACGAGUCAUAAUUUAUUUAAUUUUCUUUGUUUAAGUAACUAAAAUCCAUUUUAAAUUGUGAUCCUGAUGAUUGCAUUAUGGAAAACACAACCUAUAAUGUGCUUCAAACGGAAGUCGACUUUUAUAGGCAAAACCAGUCGGUAGUAGACCAAGAAGUCCGUGUUCUGAUAUCAGACAACGAGAAACUGUCUCGCCAGGUAAAAAUGCUGCUCAAAGAGAAAUUGGAGAGUGAGGCUCACCAAGAUGUGGACUACAACAAAGAGUUGGAAGACCUGAGGAAACAAGUCAACCUUAUUGCUAAGGAGAGAGACUCAAUUCAUGUCCUGUGGCAAACUUCCCAAAGAACCAUAGAGGCGUUGGAGAACGAAUUGCAAACUUACCAAGGAUAUGAAAAGGGGCAUAAACAAGAUAUAAAAGAAGAAAACCGUAGCCUUGAAUUGAAGCUCGAUACAGCACUAAGGGAUUAUAUUGAACUGGAAUCUAAGUAUAAGGAACUACAGAAGAAAAACAACUCUAUGGAGAAUGAGCUGAUUAAUAGGGAAAAGGAAAUCAAUACUUAUAAGGAAAGAGGUAAAACAUUAGAAAACAAAUUGGAGAAGACAGCGAAAGAUCUAGAAGAGAACAGGAUCAACUUAGCAGUGGAGAGGAAAAAUAACGAAGAUCUAAGGUCGCAUGUGACCGCAUUGCAGAAAGAAUGCACUGAAAGAGUUAAGAAAGAAAUGGAGGCUAAGUCAAAAGUGGCUGAAGCGUUGCAAUUAUUCGAUUUGGUGUCGCGGGAGAAGAAUGAAUUGCUGAAAAAACUCGCGAAACUAACAGGUGAAAUGUCCACGCUAAAACAAACCUUAUCUAGAGUGAAACAAGACAUAGAAUCCAGCUCCAGAGUGGAGCUAGACGAAGUAAAAGAGAAAUACAACGAAAAGGUGGCGGACAUGCUGGAGCAUAUAAGGAACUUGGACACGGAGUUGGUUGAAAAGGGAUUGUUGUUGAGCAAAACGCUUAGGGAAAACAAAGUCCUCCAAGCGUCGAACGAGAGCUACCUAAAGCAACAGAGGAGUGAACUCAAAUCCGUGGACCCGAGGCUGGCUCUCGCGGAGCAGCGCCUCGAAGCCUUGUUCCAAGAACUGGUCGCAUCAGAAAGACGGAACAUCCAACUGGUAUGCGAGAAGCAGAGCUUAGCCAUUGAUAUACAGAGGAUACAAGAUAGCCACACGCGUGAAACCAAGCGACGUGACUGGGAGGAAAAGCUACUGAAGUCACAGUGCGAUGAACUCAAAAUUCAAGUGGAACACUUGCAGAAAUCACUGGAUGAAACGCACGAUAUCAUAAGCAAAUUGCAGACUAUGCUUACAUCUAGAACCGAGCUUAACCAAAAAAUGGUGUCAACUAAAGAAGAGGAGUUAGCAGAGCUGCAUAUACACUUGGACAAUCAAAUAGAGCUUAGUAAAAAGUGGAAAGAAUCCUACGUAGAUAUGACAACAAAAUUAAAGAAGAGAUUGGACGAUUUACAACAAGAAAAUAAAGAACUGAGAUCAAAAUUAAAACUACCCUCAAUGGCGUCGUCAAUACAAGAUGAUAGCUCGAUAAGCUGAUACAUAUUUGUAAUUAGAAUCAAAUUAAAAUGGAUUUACAGUGCAAUAUAAUUUUAAUAAAUCAUUUAUUAAACUUAAUGGU